AUGGAGUCCAAGAACAACCUGUACGACGAGUUCGGAAAUUACAUAGGAGAAGACAUUGAGAGCGAUGGGGAAUACUCUGAUGAAGAACAGGAGGAGGAUAUGAGUGAGGGGGCAGAGCAGGAGGCGGAUUCAAAUUCCGAUUCAGAUGUAGAUGGCGGUGCAGAUAGUGAUGAACUUAGCGAUGAGGAUAGUGACGGAGGGCGUGUAAAGGCAAAGGAGAGAAGAAGGAAAAAGAAAAAAAGGGAAAAGGAAACUGGUAGUGACGAUAGUGAAGAUAGCCGUGGUGAAACUGAGGAAGAAAGCGACGGGGGAGGAGGAAAGCGCCUCGGCGAUAAUAUGGACGAACUCCAGAGAGCGUAUGAAGGAGUGGAAGUGUUCGUGGAACAGGAAGAUACACAAGACAUAGAAGAAGCAACAAUCAAUAAAAUAAAUACAAACGUAGAGCGAAUCAGCUUUAUUAAGAAGUUGGACGUAGAGGCCAAUAGAAAGAACUUCGACUUGGUCGAAACGAGUCUCCCAAACAACACCUUCAGUUUUAAAUACAUGUCGGAGUUGAUGACUCAAACGCAAUUUAUAAAAAAUAUUUGUAUAGCUGGUCAUUUCCACCACGGGAAGACGACCCUCAUAGAUAGAAUAAUAGAAUAUACUAGAGAGAAAAAGGACGACAAGAGCAAAUUAAUUUAUGGCAAUGGAACAAGUGGGAGAAACCUUAACAGCGGAACUGUGAGUUUCUUUCACGUGAACACCGAAAUGGAAGGAGUAGUAGUACGAAGAAAUAACCUUGGAAAGAAUAAUUCAUCCAUGGUAACUCCUUUCAAUUCAAAAAAAAUCGAUCAUUUAAUAAACUACACAGAUACAAGACUGGAUGAACAAGCAAGAGGAUUAUCCAUUAAGGCCAUUCCUAUAUCACUUAUUCUGCAAAAUAAAAUGUAUGAAAAUAUAUCUAGUAAUAUUUUACUGAAUAAAAAAAAAAAUAAUUUAAAAUAUAAAUCCUAUCUUUUUAAUAUUAUGGAUACUCCAGGGCAUGUAAACUUCUUUGAUGAGUUUCUGUGUGCAGUGAAUAUCUGUGAAUGCUGUUGCUUAGUUGUGGAUGUCACCGAUGGGUGCAUGUACGUAACUGAGAAUGUAAUAAAGACAUGCAUUUACGAAAAUGUGAAAAUAGUAUUAAUUCUUAACUGCAUAGAUAAGUUAAUAAUGGACCUACGUUUACCCCCGAAUGAUGCAUACCACAAAAUUAACUACACCAUUGAAGAGAUUAACAAGAAGAUAGAAUCCUUUUGCGAUAUGUUAAACAAGAGUGGAAAGGAGAAGAAGAAAUUUCUCUUGUCUCCUUUGAAAAACAACGUGCUCUUCGCUUCCAGCAUUUAUGGAGUUUUUUUUACCCUCAAGUCAUUCAGUAAAAUUUAUUGUAAUUUAUACAGCGCAUAUAAUAUCGACAUUGAUGAAUUUGCGCAACACCUUUGGGGAGAUAUUUACUUUAACGAGAAGAACUUCUCCUUCGUUUCAUCUCCAGUGUAUUCAAAUCAGAGGAGAUCAUUUGUGGAAUUCAUCUUGAAUCCAAUUUAUAAAAUUUUCGGAUAUGUAUGCUCAGAAGAAAAGGAAUUCCUUAUUCCUUUUUUAAAAAAUUUUAAUAUUACCCUGAAGAAAAAUGACUACCUUUUUAACAAUAAAUAUCUUCUUAAGAAAAUUAACGGAAUGAUAUUUGAAGAUACAACUGCUUUUGUGGAUGUCAUCCUGGACAAUUGCCCGUCCCCACUGGAGAAUGCUAAACAGAAGACAAGACAAAUUUACUCUGGGUCGUUAAAAACGAAGUUAUGUUAUGACAUGAUGAGGUGUCUUAAAGGGGACCAAACAGAUAAUCUCAUGGUUUACAUAAUUAAGAAUUACCACCGACCAGAGUGCAUCAUUUUGGAUCUCUUCGGUAGGGUAAUGUGUGGUACCAUCAGGAAGGGGCAAACUGUGCGAAUCCUUGGGGAAGGGUACAGUCCAAGUGACGACGAGGAUAUGAUAACACGAGUGGUUACUCAUCUGUGGAUUUACGAGGGCAGAUACCGUGUCGAGGUCGAUGAAGUUCCUGCAGGCAAUUUCGUUCUCAUUGGUGGAGUUGACAUCUGCAUUAACAAAACGUGCACUAUAACGAAUGUGAAGAAGAAGAAAAUUGGACACGCAAAAGGAUUGAAGAAGGAGAGCCUGAGCGGAACGAAAGUAACGGAAAUUUUAUCCGCAUCAGAAUUGGGAAAAAGUUUGAAGAAGGAAGAACGAACCCUCCUUCUCGAGGGGGAGGAAGAAGAAACGGAGAUAUUCUAUCCUUUACAUACCAAGUUCAAAUAUAUAAAUUGUGCCAACUCCGUUUUUAAGGUUGCUUGUGAACCUAUUAACCCAUCGGAACUUCCGAAAAUGUUGGAAGGUCUCAGAAAAAUUGACAAAACCUAUCCUUUGUCGUGCACCAAAGUGGAGGAAUCCGGUGAACACAUCAUCUUGGGCACGGGGGAAUUAUACCUGGACUGCAUUCUGCACGACUUGAGAAAGCUUUAUGGAGACCUCGAAAUUAAGGUGUCGGAUCCUGUGGUACAGUUUAACGAAACGGUUAUCGAAACAUCUGCUCUGAACUGCUUUGCGGAGACUCCAAAUAAGAAGAACAAAAUUCAUAUGAUUGUGGAACCGUUGCAGAAGGAGCUGACGGAUGAUAUUGUACAGGGACUGGUCCACCUGAACAAGGGCGAACGAGACACCAACGUGGAGGAGUACUUGCGUACCGUCGACAGGCUGUUGCUGGAGGAAGGAGCGAAGGAGGUACAGAAGGCGAGGCCAACGGAACAAGCGGUGGAGGAAUCGGGGGAAUCGAACAAAUCGGAGGAGUCUGACGAAUCCGACGAAUUUGGAGAAGUUAGUCUAAAGGGAGGAAAGGAAGGAGAACCCUCGGCGGAACAACGCAAUCAAACACUAAAUUACAACCUAGACAAGAACGUUAUCUCUCUACUGAGGGACAAGCAUAACUGGGAUAUGCUAUCGAUAAGAUCCAUUUGGGCAUUCGGCCCGGAAAACAACAGCCCAAAUAUCCUAGUAGACGAUUCCUUGUAUAAAGAAACGAACAAAGAAAAUCUGUACUCCAUUAAGGAAAAUAUUAUUCAAGGAUUUUGUUGGGCUACGAAGGAGGGACCUCUAAUAGAAGAGUGCAUGAAAAAUGUUAAGGUAAAAAUUUUAAAAGGUGAUAUAGAUGAUGACCCAAUAAAUAGAGGAGCCGGACAAAUUAUACCAACAACGAGAAGAGCUAUAUAUUCGUCAUUUUUAUUAGCUACUCCGAGGUUAAUGGAACCGAUUUUGUUCACAGAAAUUAUUUGUUCAGGUGAUUCUGUUUCAUCCGUUUAUAACGUGUUGUCUAGAAGAAGAGGACACGUAUUGAAAGAUUUCCCUAAAGUCGGAACCCCCCUGUAUAUGGUUCACGCGUACAUACCAGCAAUAGAGUCCUUUGGGUUCGAAACUGAUUUAAGGACACACACAAGUGGCCAGGCAUUUUGCCUGAGUAUGUUUGACCAUUGGCAUAUUGUGCCAGGGGACCCUCUAGACAAGUCAGUCAUACUGAGACCCCUGGAGCCAGCGCCCAUUCAGCACCUGGCGCGAGAAUUUUUGCUGAAAACGAGGAGGAGGAAAGGGUUAACCGAGGAUGUUACGAUUAACAGGUUCUUUGACGACCCGAUGCUCCUAAAUAUAAAGGACGAAUUUGCCGAAUAUUUUUGA